GAGCCUUGCAUUCACCUCCAUCGCUGGGCGUGAGGUUGCCCACUGUGAGUCGAAGCGGUGCGAAGGUGGCACGCCGCAAGGCGCGUUUCGUAUAGCGCGCGUCUACGCGCGCAGUGACACGUACGCGACGGUCUACUUUGACUUACACCUAUACGCGUUCCACGCCCUGUUACGCAUUCCUUCUCCUAACCCGUGUUGCUGUGUGGACUGAGCUUGCGACACUCGAAUAAGCCGCCACUCAACCUGAAGAUCUAUCACAAAAGCCAGGAGACAACAUGUGGCUCACGGACGGGCAGAAGAUUGGCGUGGCGCUCACCUCCUUCGGAGGCCUUUUCAUGCUGCUGGGUGUUGUGCUCUUCUUCGAUGGAGCAUUGCUCGCGCUAGGCAACGUUCUCUUCCUCGCAGGGCUGACGCUCAUCAUCGGCCCGCACAAAACGUUCUACUUCUUCGCGCGGAGACAGAAGCUCCGCGGGACGGCAUGCUUCAUCGGCGGCAUCCUCCUCGUGUUCUUGAAGUGGCCGUUCGUGGGGAUGGUCGUGGAGACGUUUGGGUUCUUGAACCUGUUUGGGGAUUUCUUCCCAGUGAUCCUCACUUUCUUGCGGCAACUGCCCGGGGUCGGGCAUGUACUGACAUUGCCGUACAUACGAGACGUUGCAGAUCGUAUAGCGGGAUCACGUACAUCCAUUGUAUGACAUUAUCAUGCGCAAUACAUAUCCUUUCGAGCGUGAA